ACUGCUAAUUGUUCUCAAGUUUUACCUUCUCUGACGCAAUCAUGAGGCAGCUUCUGUUGCUGCUUGUAGGCGUCGCUUUUGCACGUGCCGCUGUUGUCCCUUCACAGGAAAGGUACUUUGCGGCAGGGCGCGAGUACGUGUACCAUUAUGAAGGACAGGUGGUCAGCGGGAUCCCAGGGGUCAGUAAAGAAGUGGCAGGCAUCAAGAUCACCACGGAUGUGCGGAUUCAGAUGAUGGCUGACAACAAAUGCCUGCUGAGGUUUGAACAAGUUCAAUUGGCCAAGAUUCAGACAGAGACUGAGGACCCAGCUAAGCAGCUGACUGUGGACAAACUGCAGCGUCUGCAGCAGGAGAUUGAAACGCCUCUCCUGGAGCAGCUGGUCAAACCGAUUGAAUUUAGAUACUUCAACGGAAAGGUUUUCCACAUCGUGAUCUCUCAGAAUGAGCCUGUCUGGGCCUCCAAUAUCAAGAAGGGUGUGUUGGAACUGAUGCUUGUCAACAUCCAGGGCACAGAUGACUUGAACGAGCCUGAAACACAGCGCACACAGCCUAGCAACAUUCUCCACCAGAAGGAACACUACCGUGUGAUGGAGAGAGGCAUCGCUGGCUAUUGUGAGUCUGUAUAUAACGUCAAAAUCUCAGACCUCGUGCCUGAUAUCAUCGACAAGGAAGUCCAGCCCAAACGCUUUGUCCUGAACAUCACCAAGACUCGGGACCUCCUGGAAUGCCAGCAGCGCACCCAGCGCAGCAAGCUGUCCUUGCUCUCCAGUAGAAGGUGUGAGAAAUGUAAGGGCCAGGAGACCAGCCCUGCCCCAGAGCCCUUCAGCGAGUUCCGAAAACCCAAUGAGAAGAAGGAGGAGCUCUUGAAGUGCCUCAGCCAGGUCCGUUACAGCAUCAGCCUCAAGGACCACAACAAGUUUGUCAUUGACGCCGUUGUGGCCGAAGGCAAGCACAUCUUCCAGCCAUUUGGACAGAAGGGUGGGAAGGCUGUCGCAUUUGUCAAUCAAACUUUCAUCCUGAAGAGCACCAGAGAGAUACAAGACGAGUUCAUUCCGGACGUCGAGAACCCCAAGGACCAAGCAGAGGACCUGACGUUUGUCUUUGAGGCAUGGAAGAAGCACGAGCAUGACUCGGAAGAGGAGCGUGAGCUGACUGAAGAAGAUGGAACCCACAUGCGUCAGAUCCGUACCAAGGUGAAGACCUACCUCCAGAAAAUCCAAGACAACAUCAAGAAGGACCGGAUCACCGAAGAAGCUCCCAAGAACUUCAUCCUCCUGGUCAAGAAGCUGAAAAAGUUCAGCCCCCUGGAGCUCCAGAACAUCUUUGACAGGCUCGGCAAGAAGUUUGUCAGUGACUCCAAGGAGGUGAAAGAAAGGAAGCAAAUUCUCCUGGAUGCCCUCAUCCAGGUGGAGAACGACAAGUCCGUGGAGAUCUUGACAAGUGAGAUCGGCAAGAGGAGCGUGGAGGGCGAGGAGGCCUGUCAGAUCCUGAGCACCAUCGCCCUGAUCAAUGAACCGACAGAGGAGAUCCUGGAUCAUGUCCUGGGUCAGUGCCGGGGCCCUGUGGUCAACGGACCCAACGCUGACCAGCAAGUGAGGAAGACAUGCUGGCUGAGCUUUGGCUCUUUGGUCCACAAGGCUUGCAAGGUCAACCAGAUCUGCUCCGAGGACAAGAAACAAGAAUAUUCAAUGAACCUUCUCGCCGGCAUUGACCCCUCACGGCCCGAAGAGGACAAGCGUAUGUGCCUCAAGGCCAUCGGCAACACUGGCCUGGUCAUGAAGAAGACCACUGAUGCCGAGACGGACUCCAUCGAUCACAUUGCAGAGAUCGUCAAUUCGAACGUGGAAGAUGUGGACCUGCGCGUGCAGGCCAUCUACUCCCUGCGUCGCCUGGCUAAGGUUGUGCCAGAGAGAAUUGUGCCUCUUCUGAUGUCCCUGGUCAAGAACAUGGAUGAAGACCACCAGGUCCGCAUCGCCGCCUACGUCAUCAUCAUGGACACUGAGCCCGAGACAGACAUCGUCUUCUCCGUCAUCACCCACCUGAAGAAUGACAAGUCCAAGCAGGUGGCUAGUUUUGUCUACACUCACCUGGAGAGUCUGGCCUCCAACUACCAGAAGUGCAAGAAGAACUUGUACAAAGUGGCCAAGAAGGCCCUGCUGACUCUGAAGCCAUUCGUCCGCGGAGCACAGUACUCCAAGAGGUUUAUGUGGGCACCAAACUUCUGGGAGCAGAAGGUGAGUUUCAACACCGAGGCUUCCGUCAUCGGCACGCCCGCCUCGCCGUUCCCCGUCAGCGGCUCGCUUCCAACAACGACAAUCGACCCCUACUCCAACCAAGUGAAGGCCUCGGGCUACUUGAAGUUCUUCGGCAACGAGCUGCGAACAUUCACUCUAGAUAAGGACACUAUCUGGUCAUACCUGGAUGGAACAUCUGAGUGGAUGAGAGAGAGAGAGGACAAGAUGCGGGUGGGCGAGAACCCCUACACCUACCGCAAGAUCUUCAGCCUGGGCGGGGGCGUGCACGAGAUCCCGACAGAGAUCGGUCUGCCCCUGCAGCUGUGGGUAGACUCGGCCGUGGCUAUGGCACUAGACGCCCAAGGCAAGGCAGUGCUGACCCCCCGCUUGACCGACAUCCUACAGAACCCGGCCAGCAAGCUGGAGAGGGUGGAUGUGGAAGGAAGCCUUACACCUAGGGCUGCCGUGUCUGUCAUGGGCAAGAUGAAAGUUAGCCUGGACGACAGCCUCAUGUCCGGUCUGUACAUCAGCGGUUCCCUGAACACCUCCGCUGUCCUGAACGGCACGGUCAAUGUGGAUGUGCCCAAGCAGCUGUACCAGACACGCUUCAAUACGCCGUCCAGCGAGCAUCAGGCUUUCUCACUGCGCAGCCGACCAUACACCUUCACCUACAUCCCUGAGCCAGAAAGGACUCAGACUCCUGAGGUUGCCCGUGAUUCCCAGGAGAGCUACCAGUUUACAAAGAAACUGAUCAAGGGCAAGCUGAUGAGUCCCAGGCCUGUCCAGAACACCAUCAGUGUUGGAAGGGAAUCACUUGGGGUGGAGAUGGAGCUGAAGACCCGCCGUGUGCCACGAUCCUGCAGCUGCACCUACGGCCCUACUCACUUGGUGUUCAACGGCCCCAUUGAUGUCAAUGUCAUCCUCAGGCGCGGGGAGAACGCCCCUGAAAACGUGGUCGCUUACAUGAAGCUAGAACAUGAGUUCAAGACACCGGAGGAGUACCAGGAGUUUAAGGAGAAGUUCUUAGCCAAGCAGCACUUUGAGGUGCGGUCGAGCUCAGAGGAGUCUGACGAGGUCCAGUGCACAAACCGCAAGAGCACACCCAAACCCGUGCCCCAGGAGCACCUCAAAUCAUUCCGCACCAUGGGCGUGGACUUCCUCAAGCGCUUUGAGGACUGGAAGUACGACAGUGCCCGUUGGCCGUUCACCGGGGAACAUGUGGAGGACAGGUCACAUGACUCGACUGAGGAGGUCAUCCCAGAUCCUGCCAAGACCAUCGAGCUGUACCACAUCUAUUUCAACAUCAGCACCAAUGGCAGCCAGCCAAUCCGUGAGCUGAUCAGCCGCAUCAGUCUGGACCAGCAGGAUGAAUUCUACAAGGCAGUGCGCUUUGAUGUCAUGACUGCUAAGAAGACCUUCCGUCCUGACCCUAUCCACUUGGACCAGAUCAAGGAGUGGACAGAGGAAAUCCAGACACUCUGCAUGCAAGGGGAGCUUGAGCACCCAACCUAUGGUGCGACCCUCCCUGAAUCUGAGAAACUGGAACCCAUCCCGGGACUGCCAGACGUCGCUCAGGAUCCUAGAGUGCUCUUUAAGUUCAGCACUCAGUGGGGCAAGAGCUGCGUGGAGGACCAGAAGAUGCAGAUCAAGGCCCGUCUCCAGAGAUCCAAGAAGCAGCAGGAGGAGCUGAGUGAGGAGACGCCUGACAAGAUUGAGUGCCUGAAGAACAUCCAGGAAACCAACAACAGGUACACCCAGGCCUGCAAGUCGCUGCGUCGGGAGCGAGAGGAGCUGCGGGCAGUCCACGCCGAGCUGACGCACAAUGAGCUCGUCAAGAAGACUUACAAGACCUUCUUCUACCAAGGCCUUGAGUGGAUCACGAAGUUUAUCUGGGGAGACGUCAAGACGGAGCGGGCUGAGGUCCACAACCCUGACAAGACAGUACUGGUCAUGGGUGAGCUGGAGAAGACCCUGGACAAGCUGAACGUCUCCGUCAAGCACGUGCGCGGCAACGUCAGAUUUGACCGUCUCUACAUCCCCCGGUUCCUCCAGGACCUGAAGGUUCUGCAGCCGUACAAGCUCCAGCAGCACAUGGUGAUGAGCUACGGAGACGACCUGCUCAACGGACGCAACAUCAACCAGUGCAAGUCUCUGAGGAACAACUCCAUCAUCACCUUUGACAAGAGGAUGUACAACUACGAGCAGAGUAAGUGUGAUCACAUCCUGGCAAAGGAUUGCUCCAGUAAGGAACGCUUUGUCGUCUUGUCCAGGAAGUUGGCCCAGACCAGCACCAAGAAGUCCUGGGACAUGCCAGAGAGCGCCAGCUCACUGGAGAUCGAGAUGGGAAGCGAGGAGCUGGUGCACUGGGAGGAAUUCAAGGACCACGUCAAGGGUGACAUCGCCAUGGCCCCUCAGGAACUGCCCCCUAAGCCCAAGACGCUGGCUAAGAUCAUCCGCACCAAGCUGGGUGACUCCAUCAUGCUCUUUGCCCCCGAGCAAGAGCUGAAGGUCUUCUUUGACGGUCACAACGUCAAGGUGGAGCUGCCUCAGAAGUACAAGGGCCUACACUGCGGUCUGUGCGGCGAUUUCAACGGUGAGGUCUCCGAUGAGUUUGUGGGUCCAAACAGGGAGAUUUACAAGAACCCUCAUCGCUUUGGACGCAGCUACCAGCACACCACAAAUGAAUGCGCCAAAGAAAACCAGUGUGCACCAGUGAUGGAGUUUGCCUAUGCCACUGAAAUUAUUCUGCCGGGCAACAAAAAACAGUUUGCCUGCAUCUCCAAGAGACCAUUGCCCACAUGCCUGCAAACUUGCCGACCGACUGAGGAGGAGACCAUUGACGUGGAGUUUGUCUGCAUGGAACACGAAGGCGACUCUAACCCCUUCCCAACGACGAGCACCCGCGAUGCCCUCAUCAAUAAGUACGGCAACAAGAUGGCUGACUACAAGAUCAAGAUGCCGAUGGUUACCAAGUGCGGCCGCCCGAAUUAGACCCAUUCAGCAAGAAGGAAUUUCAAAGGACUGUUUUCUGAUGCCGGACCGAAGUUUAUCAGAUAAUUCACCCUAUAGCUUUUUGCACUUAAUCACAAAUUUCCUUGCUACAACUUACCGAGAUUCAUGAUUUCUUAAACUUUGCGAAGCAUUUCUUUAACUAUGCCUUUGUCUUUGUGCAAGGUCUUGUAGCACCUCAGAUUUGUAUUUAUAUAUACAGUUGAGUGUAGAGGAGAAGGCGCUCCAUGACCUGGCUUAGUUGAAAUUUCACUUGUCAUUGGUUUAAGGACUUAAAGAUUUGCUUGUAUAUUUGAUUUGUUUCUGAAAGAGUAAGACAAAGAUACAUGUCCUUGAAGAAGUUAUUCAAGUGAGGUAUUUGGUUAGUGCCAUUUGUGGGAGAUCAGUUACAACCAGUAUUAAUGUUCGAUGUGUCAAACUUUUUUUCACAUUUUUGGUUGGAAAUACUUCUAUGGAUUACUUUAAUUUCCUGAUUUCACCAAGGUGGCUUUAUAUGCAAGUCAAAUUGAUAUGACUUUUUGCGCAGAAAAUAUUGAUUCCAAAACUCCCCAACCCGCUUAAAAUACACUGUAUAAUAUGGAACUUUAUCAUAAUUGAAUUCUGUUAUGACGUACUGUGAAUGUGUAAUUGUUUGUGCAUGUUCAUUAUUUGUUUGGCCUGUGUUUUUUUUCUGUUUGCAGAUUAAAAGAAUAAAAUUGAUAAGUUGAUCAGUUAA